AUGGUCAACUCCUGUUGUGGCUCUGUCUGCUCUGAGGAGGGCUGUGGCCAAGGCUGCUGCCAGCCUAGCUGCUGCCAGACCACCUGCUGCAGGCCCACCUGCUGUGUGUCCAGCUGCUGCAGACCCAGCUGCUGUCAGUCUGUGUGCUGCCAGCCCACCUGUUGCCGCCCCAGCUGCUGCCGCCCCAGCUGCUCCAUUUCUAACUGCUGCAGGCCUUCCUGCUGCCGCCCCAGCUGCUGCGUGUCCAGCUGCUGCCGCCCCAGCUGCUGCAACUCCAGUUGUUGCAGUCCCAGCUGCUGUGUGUCUAGCUGCUGCCGCCCCUCCUGCUGUGUGUCCAGCUGCUGCAGGUCCCAGUGCUGCCAGUCCGUUUGCUGCCAGCCCACCUGCUGUCGCCCCAGCUGCUGUGUAUCCAGUUGCUGCAGGCCCAGCUGCUGCCAGUCUGUGUGCUGCCAGCCCACUUGCUGCCACCCCAGCUGUUGCAUCUCCAGUUGUUGCCGUCCCAGCUGCUGUGUGUCCAGCUGCUGCAGGCCCACCUGUUGCCAGAGCACCUGCUGUCGCCCAGCAUGCUCUAGCUGUUCUUGUUGCUGA